AUGAUCGUCUGGGUUCAGCUUCCAGCUCUGAAAAUUCAUUUUUAUCAUAAAGAAGUGCUCAUGACUCUGGGAAACCUUAUUGGCCGGACGAUUAAGCUGGACUACCAUACUCUAAAACAGGAGAGGGCUAAGUUCGCUCGCCUGGCGGUAGAGGUGGAUAUCUCGAAGGCCCUGGUUCCAAGGAUCUGGCUUGAUGAUGAAUGGCAAAAGGUGGAAUAUGAGAACCUACCGGAGGUCUGUUUUCAUUGCGGUAGGAUUGGACAUGGCUCUGGAACAUGUCCGUUGAACAAACCGAUGGAAGCGCCGCCGCUACUGUCUCUCUCCGAUGGGUCGACGCCGGCAAGCCAAGCACAUACGCCGGACGACCAAAACCCGGGGUUUGGGCCGUGGAUGCUGGUAACAAGGAAAUCUCGGCGAAAUCCUAGAGAGGACCAAAAAAAAGGAAAGAGCGAGCAGGAAGUGGGCAAUCAGAAAGUGAAGAUAAUGGCCAAAGAUGGUAACCGAAAUAUUGUGGUCAAGGAAGGACAGCAGACUUCACCUCCGAUGACAAGUCCCAACGGGCAGUUACCUAAUCAAGGUUCGACACAAGAAAGGAAGGGAAGUAACGGCUAUAAGAAUGGAGAAGAAGCUAAAAAAGGGAAGGAGAAAGGGAUUAAUAAAGAUUCAGUGAAGGGCAAAGGGCUUCUCGGGCCAGGGCCCAAAAAUAAUGAAAUUAGCCCCAGCAAGCAGGGGGCCCAGAUUGCGGAUGGUGCUUCGUCUUCCGUCGGGCCAUCCGAGCCCGUCCCUAUGCAACAGGCUGCUUCGUCUUCCGUUGGGCCGGGUGCUUCGAGUAGGCCCAUGACAGUACCUCCCUCACCCCCUGUUCUCCGGACAAUCACAGGCCCAAAUGGGACAGUGAUGCAGAUAAUAGAUAGGCCUGUCCAGGAUAAGGAGAACAGAGAUCCGCAGGGGAUCCUCUCACCCUCGUUGUCGGCCAGAACGAAACGCGGCAAGAACAAAAAAACGCAGCAAAAGCGGUCCCCGACGAAGUUGAUCUCAGCAAAACCUCUACAGAUUUGGUCCCCUGUGAAAGAAAGAAAGCCCAAGUCAAAGGGUCGAUUGGCGACGCUGACCUUGCAGGAGAUCCACGCCUGGACGGAAGCAGCGAAGCGGCCAGUAGCGGGAAGCAGCGAGAAGGCUUUGGAGGGGCAGUCCGGCCAGGACGGGGCUGUGGACAGGCCAGAUGAGGGCGUCCCAGUGUAG